UCGUUUAUCGAGACAACAUCGCUGUUUCGUAUUUUUGGUGUCUGUGGAAGUUCUACGCUAAAGAAUUAAUGGUAUUGGUAAAGUCACAUAAGAUUCUCUAUCUGAUAAUAUAAACUGAGUCAGGUUCUACACAGGAACGGUUUCUCAUAAGUGAAGCCACGUGACUACUUGUAUUGGUAGAACGCCUACUCAAUAUUUUCACAAUAAGUUUUGAUCUCGGAAUCAAAGAGUUUAUUAUCUAACUAAUUUCAAUCUGUGUGCCAACAUGGAAGUUGUUUAUCGAUAUUACCAAAAAACGAGUGUUAUGCAUCAUCGUCGACUGAUACAUGUCGCAAUUUUUUUACUGAUAUUUGUGUUGUAUUCUUUAUUCAAAAAGUCGCCGCCACCUCCAUCCGUGAAAAUAGAACUUCCUGUCAAACCCCUUAAAGCAUUUAUUUACUCUGCUUAUUACUAUCCGACAUCGAAAAGUUUAGGCGACAACGCUUUGGCUUUAUUGAUGAGCAUCAAUUUACCGCCGACUCCACAUUUUUCUACUCCCGACUUCAAAGAAAUUAUAAUUUCGGCAGAAAACUCAACUUCGAGUAUCGUUGUUAGAACUCCACAUCAUAAAGUUAACUAUAAUGACCACUGUUUAAUAAUGACAAUAUUUGCGACAGCCCAGUUGAUUCCUAAUGUUGAAAAAAUCAAAAUGGUAUCAGAUGAUGGAAUGACAGAAAUUCCAUUCACCAAGCCAUCCUAUGUAAACCGAGAUGUAGUAGUCUGCGUCGCUCCGUUAUUUGUCUCUGAGCAAUGGCAAAACUUUUUAUUCGCAGUUCACAUUUACAAAAAAUAUGGGGCUUUUGUGAAUCUUUACCUUAUUAGUGCCGUCAACACAUUUUAUAAUCUCAUGAAGGAGUAUGAAGAAGCAGGUUACCUUUCAAUCAAACCAUGGGUGUAUGUAAAAUUUUCUGGGAUUCCUAAAGCUAUUGCGGAUACUAAUAGUCAAAUAGAGUUGAGAAGUCAAGCAGCCGCUCAGUCAGAUUGCCUGUUACAAUAUAAGGAAGCUGCCAAAUUCAUAAUGUUUUUUGAGUUAGAGGAUGUCAUAAUUCCACGGUUAGCUCCAACAUACGUGAAAGAAUUCCAGCAAUUAUUCAAUAGUGACCAAUUAUCUUACAUUUACUACCAGAGAGAAAAUUAUAAUGCUGUCGUCACAAGAUAUGGUGGCAGGUUUUCGCUUAAAAACAUGUUUGGCAGUUUGACUUACAAGAAUUUUAGGGAGGCUGGAAAAAGUGUAGUCGAUCCGCUGCGUGUCAACUACACAUCUUUACAUUUCCCAUCGCACGUGCCUGAAAUAGAAAAGUAUAUUGUGUCGGAAAAUGUGAUCACUCACAUUAAAACAGUUGACUGGGUUGACAUAAUUGAGGAUCCUAACGAGAAACAAGUAGUUGAGCCUCUUUAUUAUAACGGUACAUCGGAAACAAUUAUUUCCAAAAAAGACAUUUUGGAUCUCGAGAAAGAUUUUCGUAAAAUGAGGAAGCAGCUGCAGCUCAAGAAAACUUUAUCAAAGCUCCCUAGAAUUCGCUAUUAUUCGGUUCUAGCGUAUAAAUGCUACACCAUGAAGUACUAUGAUUUGUAUUAUUUCAAUAGAAGAUCAGGAAUCACGUGUCCUGGUCCAUUAUAUUGUAAAUUCAAACAACACCCAAAGAUCAACUGCAUGCAAGCCAAUGUCACAUACAGUUCGAUGAGAAAAUUGCUGCCUAUCACGUAUUAUUAUGCAACAGAUCCUCAUUUUUCUGAAGAUAUCGGAUGUCAUGCACAUUGACAAUUUUUCACAACAUUACGUCACAAUUGACUGAUUCUUAUUUAUUCAUUAUACCCGGUCUGCUAGGAAUAAAGAAACGGAAAAUAUGUCUUAAAUAUUUAUUUUUUUAAAAUUAAUUUUCAAUCAUGAGAUACGAUUUUUGUAAUAUCAUUGAAACAAUAUCGUUGGGCUCAGUAGAUAAAAAUUGUAUCGUGUUUUAACGUAAAUUAGCAUUUAUCAGAAAAAUAGAGUAUUACCGAUUUUUUUCUCAAUCUUAUUUCAUUUCUAUGUAUAUGAAUUUUUUUCUAUGUCUUAAGUGUCUUACGUGUCUUACUAAUUCAUUAUUUUCAAUAUUCUUUAAUUUUCUCCACGAUUUUCAAGGUUCAAACGCAAUAAAUUAUUAUAAACUAAAU